CGAGCGCUCGCUCUGGAACAGACGCAGAGGAGUUUAUCGCGUUUAUUUAUUUGUUUUAGGAAUUAAAUACUAAAAAAAAAAUAAGGAGAAAAGGCGCUUGUAUGGAUUACAGCAGGGUGUCGGUGUACAGAUGCGGUUUCUGCUCUCACAGCCAUGUUUAAUCCUCUCACAGCGGCUCUCUGGGUGAUUCUCUCAGUGUCCUGGGCGGCUGAGGGGCGUGAGCUUGCUGCACCCCGAGAUGUUCAUUUCCACUCGGUGAAUCUGAGGAACACGGUGCGCUGGAGCUCAGGGACAGCCGACGCCCGCGGCACCACGUACACGGUGGAGUACGCCAUAUACGGCGACGCUGUGGACGUGGAAGGAAGCGAGCAGGUGGCGUGGAGGCCGGCGAAGCAGUGCGAUGACAUCACGCAGACGGAGUGCGACGUGACCGAACAGACCAGCGAUACGGAGGAGGAAUACUACGCCCGAGUCAGAGCUAACGGGCCGAACGGGCGCUCGGAGUGGACCGAGACCGACGGGCGGCUCAGGCUCACUGACACCAUUUUGGGAGCACCGCAGGCGAACGUCACGGUGGUGGAAAACAAGCUGCACGUCAAGCUGAGCGGCCCGUUCCGAUGGAGGAAUCCCGGGAAGAAGCGCCAGUCGAUGUUUAACAUCUUCCCUCACAUGGUCUACAACAUCAGCGUGUACGACAACAGGAGCAAACACACGCAGUUCAUUCUGCAGCCGAAGAAGCUCCUGCAGUACGGCCCUGUGGAUUACAGCUCGGUGCACUGUGUGAGGGCAGAGGCGCUCUCGCUCACCCUCCAUCUCACCAGCACGCCGUCGGAAUGGAUCUGCGUCUCCACCCCUGACGACCCGCUUAAAUCUCAGAUGCUGAUGAUGACGUUGGGCGGAGUCAUUCCCACUGUGAUAUGCUUGUUUGUUUUGGCCGCGGUCGGAGGUUUCGCUUAUUACUACAUCUGUGGUCACAAACCGCGGCUGCCCAAGAGUGUGGACGUGGACAUGAAGCGUAAACUCCAGACGUUCCAGCCGGAUCCGCCCCGAAUAAAUGUAAUCAUCUUCAACAUCACCAACCUGAGCACGGGGGAAUCCAAACACAGCUUCCUCAGCCCGUUCCAUCAUGGUGUUGACGUUCCAGAGUCCUCACCGCUCACCAUCGUGGAGGAGGUCAGUUACGCGCCCCAGGACGCCCAGAAUACAUCAAGAGCAUCAGCAGGUCUCCACAGCCACCGCGGCUCUUUGGGUGAGGAUUACGGAUUGGUCUGUCAGGAAGAUAGGAUUCAGGUGGCCAGCUGCCCGUAUAAAUCCCAGCAGUGUGUGGGUGAAGUCAACCCAUACACAGCACAGACUGGAACGACAGAACCCGCACAGGACAGAUAUGAAGAAAAUGAAGAUGGAGAGAUGCAGAGGUUUUGUAACUGGGACGAAGAUCCUGGUCAGCUCCAGCUGGACUUCCCUCUGCUCAGCAGGUUCGGCUCAGAAACCACAGAGACCCCGACGCUUGGGGACAUGACGCUGCUCCCACACCAUCCUGCCCUCACGAGUGUCAUGGUCAAGCAGGGUUCAGAGGAGAGUGAAGAUGAUUGCCUGCUCCUGAAGAUGGAGAAAGACUGGAACCUGCUGAUCCAGAGCACCACCUCCUAGAUUCCUCAGACAUCUGUUUGAUCAAAGUCAUCAGUCUGGGAUUUUAUUAAACAAACACCCAGCGUUCCUUAUGUUGUUGGACACCAAAUGCUGCUCUUAUGAGUAAAGAUCCUCCUGAUGGCCGUCUGGUUUUUGGUUUGAGAUGGAGAUCAGGUUUUUUUACUGGAUAAAGCUGGUCUGGGUGGGUGAUGGAAAUGCAGUGUUCAGAAAGUUCAGGCUUUGGGUUGUUUACAGAAAUUCAGCCAAGUUCCACUUUUAGGACAGAGACAGAAAAACACAGAGAGAGAUGGACCGAUGGAGAAGGGUGGGGGAGAGACAGACAGAUAAAGACUGAGGGGGAGGGGGGAGAGUGUGUUUGAGUUUGUGAGCGAGAGAGAGAGCGAGAGAGAGAGGGAGACUGAGAGAUAGACACAGACAAAGAAAGAUGAGAAAGAGACCAGUGGGAAGGGGGGAGAGAGAAAGACGGACGGAGAGACAGACAGAGACAUAAAGAAAGAUGGGAGAGAGAGAGACCGAUGGGGGGAGAGAGACAGACGGAGAGACAGACAGACAGACAUGAAGAAAGAGGGGAGAGAGAGAGAGACACCAAUGGGGAGGGGGAGAGAGACAGAUGGAGAAAGACAGACAGAGACAUGGAGAGAGAGAGACCAAUGGGGAGGGGGAGAGAUAGGCAGAUGGGGACCGAGAGAGAGAUGGACAUACAGAUGGAGAGACAGGCAGACAGGGACAGAGAGGGAGACAGACAGGGAGAGAGAGAGAGAGAGGGAGGGAAGGACGGAUGGACAGACAGAUGGGGUGAGAGAGGGAGACGAGGACAGAUGCACAGAGAGCGAGAGAGGGGGAUGGACAGACAGACGGCGAGGGAGACAAGGGCAGAGUUUAUUGUCCUUGCUGUAUACAGCUGGAGUGUUACAGUAUGAUCACUGAAUAGUAUGAAUUGCAGGAUGGAUGACAAACUCACAACAAUAAAUGUCCAGUAUGUUACACCCUCAGGGAUCAGAGUAUCUUUAGAGCUUCAUUGACGUGAGAUCGACCUGCCAAUCUCGACUUUCAGAACAUUCCUCUAAAGUCUAAACUAAAUAAACAAGUGUCAGAAUUAUAACCGUUUAUUACUGUUCAGGUUCAUUAUAACCAUCUUUGCGAAACAAACAGUAAAAAGCACUAGAUCACAUUAUUAUACGAACAAAUAAUGUUAUUGUUAUCCUUUGUUGCUGUCAGGUUAAAAAAAAACAAUCCAUGAAAUGUUACAUUUGUGUUUUGUUUUUUCCUCCUCCCCCCCCCAAUUCUGUGUUAUUGUGUGAAAGGCAUUUUCAGUAUAUUUAUCAUUACUUUAUUCUCAACUUCUCCCUGAAUGUGAAAUGUUUGUAUGAAGGAAACCGCUUUAGUGAAGAAGAGAUUUUCACCACGUGAAGGAUUUUUAAAUAUAAAGUUAAAUGUUUUGGUGUUUUUCACUUUGAAAUAAGCUGACAGAUUGCUAACUUUUACCUCACUGUAAGUAAUGUGUAUUUUAAUCAUAAUGAUCACAAAAUAAACACAAUACAUGAUGGAAAUAAA